CAUUAAUUUGCAAGUCCAAACAUUGUCUUGUCGGAACAAAAACUGAACUCUCUCUCUCUUGUUCGCACACAUUGUCUUGCCUGAUAAACGACCUGAAAUGGAGCAAAUCCAGCACAAGUACGUAACCGUACAAGGCCUGAAGCUCCACGUCGCCGACAUCGGAACAGGCUCCAAUGUGGUCGUGUUCCUGCACGGUUUCCCGGAGAUUUGGUACUCGUGGCGGCACCAGAUGAUUGCGGUAGCCAACGCCGGCUUCCGGGCCAUCGCUCCCGAGUACCGCGGAGACGGACUAUCCGACCCGCCUCCCCAAUCCGAGAAAACCUCGUACCGUGACCUCGCCAGUGACAUCCUUGGAAUUCUUGAUUCCCUUGCUAUUCCCAAGGUUUUCCUAAUUGCAAAAGAUUUUGGAGUUGGGGUGGCGACAUUAUUUUCCCUUCUGCACGCGGAGAGGGUCUUAGGCGUUGUAACAAUGGGAGCGCCAAUCAUGCCACCAGGCCCUCGUAGAAUCGAUAAAUCUCUCCAAGAAGGUCUCUACAUUUCAAGAUGGCAGGAACCUGGACGGGCAGAGGCUGAUUUUGGGCGCCUUGAUGCGAAAACAGUUGUUCGUAAUGUUUACAUCCUUUUCUCCAGAAGCGAAAUACCACUAGCUGCAGAAGACCAGGAGAUUAUGGACCUCGUGGAUCCAUCUACGCCUCUUCCCCCUUGGUUCAGUGAGGAAGAUCUUGCAGCAUAUGGAGCUUUGUAUGAGAAAUCAGGUUUCCGAACUGCACUGCAAGUUCCAUACAGCAUUCGACCAAGUUGUAACCACAUUUAAGGAUUACACAUUGAUGGGGCAAUUAGAGACGAGUUCGCUGUAUCAGAUCCGGUAGUUAAAGCUUCGGCACUUCUUAUAAGGGGAGGCAAGGAUUAUUCGAACAAAUUUCCAGGGAUAGAGGAUUACAUAAACAGUGGAAAGGUCAAAGAGUUUGCCCCUAAUUCAGAGAUUGUAUUUCUUCCCAAAGGAACGCAUUUUGUUCAAGAACAGUCGCCUGACGAGGUCAAUCAGCUGAUCCUCACCUUCCUCGGAAGGCACAUUUGAAACGCUAAUGCUUUGCGUGAAGAUUGCCAGAGAUGAACUGAGAUUUGUCUUGGGAAAAAGAUGCAUGUGAUGUGAAACUGCCGGUAAUGUAGCGGCAACGAAUCUUAUGCAGAAGGCAAACUUUGUAAUUCUGUUGUGGCAUGUAACGUUUCUCGUUCCAUUCUUGGCAAUAAGCUAACCUUGUGUCUAAUACUGAAACA